UUUGACUUUAAAAUUAUGCACUACGCGGGAACGCUUAAUAGAGCUAUAAAUACUCUGAGUAGAAGGUCUAAUUUAUAUAAAGAGAGUUAUAAGGAACUAUAUAACGCCUUACUAAAGAUAAUACCUAAUAGUAGUCUAAAGUAUAACUAG